AUGAGAGAGUUAGCACUGUUGUUUGUGGUGCUGGCAGUUGCUGCUGGUGCGAAGAUCACGCCAGCGGAACAGUGUCCUGGUGAGCACCACGAUGGUCUGCGAGAGCGUAUCCAGGUGAUACCAUGCGGCAGGACUCGUUGCAAACUGCGCCGGGGCACCAACGUCACCAUGCACUUCCAGUUUAAGACGACGCGCGAGGUAGCAGACCUCAGGAACACCGUGUGGGGUGAAAUAGCAGGAGUGGCUUUACACUUCCCUGGGGUGGACCAGGCCUCAGUCUGCGGGAACGUGUUCUCGGCCGAGGACGGCUCCCCCGCGCCGUGCCCGCUCGAGGCCGGCAGGGAGUAUGUGUACGUGAAGCAGUUCCCAGUGGAACCGUACUAUCCGGAGACCGCGGUUCGUAUGCAUUGGGCUCUCCAUGAUGGGACGUCCAAUGUGAUCUGCUUUGAAGCCCCCGCUGUGAUCACCAAGUGAUUGUAUUGUGAUUGUCACUGGUACAAACGAGUACGACGAAUCUAAUAUUUGAACGACAUCCGUGCUGUAUUAAUUCGAUACAGUAUCUUCAGACUCCAAAUAACCCGCAGGCCGCAACAUACCUACAGUUAUGUAUUAAUACUUAUGUUUG